GGCAUUCGAUCGUUUUGUAGGACACUGCACUCGAUCCGAACGAAAUGGAAUGGAAUGGAAUCACCUGCUAGCCUCAGCUGCUAGCCCCAAUACGGUAGAUUGCAAGCCCGGGCGACGCGAGAGAAAAAGCCCUGUAUACGGAUGCAGCCACAAAGGUUGUGAAGGAUUGCAUUCUCGUUCCCGGCCCGAAAGCAAACAACUAUGUACAAUAGUCGAUAGCCACAAUAAUAGGUAUAAUGAGGUUUAAUGCGAUACGUGUGCGGCGGUACUAUUGGUGCAAGGCAGGAACCGCCCGCCGACGCCGUAAUGUAGAAUCUUGCUGCCGUGGGUGUCGGGUGGGUUCGACACGGCAUGCAGGAACGAUUGUGCAAACAGAAACGCAGCCGAGCCAGUCCAUCUCGCGUCCGGAACAAGCCACCGGCUCCUCCUUUUGUCUUUCUCAGUUGAGAUUCGGCGCCAUCAUCAUGAAUCCGAGCAUGCCGCAGAUGGCGAUCGACUCGAGGACUCCUUCCGCGGCAACAAGGUCUUUCCAAACGUUCACCUGCUUCGUUCCGGCGCGGUUCUCGGAGGAGGCUGCGUCCCUGGGAGUGGGCAGGUCCAUGGCGAUGAGCCCGUUGUCCAGGAGAAUCCCGUCCAGCCCCACAUCGGUGUCGAUGCCCUCGUCGAAGCUCCCCUCGUCCGGGAACAGGUACGACUCCGGCAUGUCGUUCUGGAGCCGCUCGAGCUGCAUGGUAAGCUCCGUUUCCAGAAAGCGUUCCUUGAUGAGAUCGGGGGUCGUGGAAUCCCCCAGCGCGACGUUUUGGACCCGGUGGGCGUGGAUUUCUUCGAGAAUCCAAGGCACGAGGCGUUGUGCAAGAGAAAUCGGCAGCAGAAGCAGCAGACGUGAGACGUGCUUUCGUUCCGACACAAUGCGGCGAUCGGUCUUUUCAUCCCGCCCGUAACAUGACUUACCGUCCCUGCAUUGCUUGAUUUCCUCGAACGAAUAUUUCCCAAAGUUGGAGGCACAAUCCUCCGCCAGAUCGAUGUCGACGUCGAGGUCGCGGAAAGGAUUGUUCCCGUCGAAACGACUCGAUGGCGCAGGAGCUUGCCGGUGGAUCAAAAAGCCGAGAGUUGCAUCCGGAGCUACAAAAACCAAGGCCAGGGCCAGGAUUCCUUUGUGGUUGUUCAUCGUGUCGCUAGUAGGCUGCGUCGUGCGUUGCGCAGAUUUCUCUGGUUCUGUUUGUUUUUCUUUCGUUUCUCGUGUGUUCGAUUCUCGAAAAUCUUUUUUUUGUGGGAACGGCAAUGACCAACAGCCCGUUGUGGCUGGCGACCGGUGUCAGCAGGAGAUCUUGGCUUGCUUCUCCCCGGUCGAACCUACCGAAGAAAGGUGCCCGCCGCAUGCGGAAUCGAAUCAAGACGCAGCGAAGAG